AUGGCUCCCAUCGCAACGGACGCCGAGGCGUUUGUAUCUGCCCAUCAGGAUGGCGUCGACUUUAUCGUUGUCGGCGGUGGCACAGCAGGCUUGGCCGUCGCCGUACGCCUGUCCGAAGACCCCAAGGUGACGGUCGCCGUGCUCGAGAGCGGCGGCUCGGCAUUGACACCGGACACGGGCGAGCCGAACGACCCGCGCAUCGACACGCCAGGUAUGUUUGGGGCUGGCCUGAUGACCGAGUUGGACUGGAAGUUGCACAGCGAACCCGGGAGCGGCGCAAACGAAGGCGUGCCGAGCACUUAUUAUCCACGCGGCAAGGUCCUGGGCGGAAGCUCGGCGCUGAAUUUUCUCGUCUACGACCGUGCCUCGUCGGUCGAGUACGACGGCUGGGAGCAGCUCGGCAACAAAGGCUGGAACUGGGAUACACUCUACCGCUACAUGCGCAAGGCCGAGCACUUCCACCUACCCUCGCCCGUCACUGCUGAGGCUCUGCACAUCAAGCCCGAUGCGAAGGACUACGGCAAUAGCGGCCCAAUCCAAGUCAGCUUCCCCCUGUACGUCGGAGAGCAGACUCGGAAUUGGAUCCUGGCGCUGGAGAGCCUGGGUAUCCCGCGCAAUGAUCACAGCCUCGCGGGCAACAAUGUUGGGGCAAGCGUGCAGCCGAGCAUAAUCGAUCCGCGCGAUUCAACGAGGAGCUACGCCGCCAGCGCGUACCUCGGCCCCAAUCUCGGCCGGCCCAACUUGCGGAUCCUCACAGGUGCCACCGUCGAGCGGAUCGAGUUUGCGCCAGGCGACGCACACCAGGAGCCGCUUGUCGCGGCAGGUGUCACCUUUGUCGCCACCGCUGGCGGCAGUGAGGGCAAGCGCUUCACGCUACGCGCUGGCAGGGAGGUCAUCCUUUCUGCCGGCACCGUCUUCAGUCCCGCAAUUCUCGAGCGCUCAGGUGUCGGCGCUGCCUCUGUGCUCUCGAAGGCCGGCGUGCCCGUUCGGCUUGAACUGCCUUCUGUAGGCGAGGGCAUGCAGGAUCACACGUACAGCUCCGUCACCUACGAGCUCAAACAGGGUAGCGUGACGCUCGACUCGCUGCGCAACGACCCCGCGUUUGCCAAGGAGCAGCAGAGCCUGUACAAGCUCAACGACCCAGAAAAAGGCAGCAUCUUCACCGAGGGCGUGCCGACGGUCGCCUACAUCUCGCUCGAGGAGCUGGUCAACGGUGAUAAGGACGAGGUGGCUAGGCUCAUCAAAGAGGCUGACAAUUACGUCGAGAGCCAGAGGGACAAGUCGUACGUCGCCACAUUGGAGAAGCAGCUUGAAUGGCUCAAAAAGUACCCAGAUCAAGUCGGACAGAUGGAGCUGAUCGGCGUCGACGGGUACUUCGCGACGAGCGGCGCACCAGAUCCCGGAAAGAACUACCUCACGCUCCUCGCCGCGCAGCAGCACCUCUUCUCACGUGGCUCGAUUCACAUCAGCUCCGCUGACGUCGCGGUCGCACCGACGAUCCACACUGGCUACUUUAGUGCGCCAUGGGACCUCGCUGUCGCGACCGCCGGCACCAAGUUCCUGCGCAAGAUUGCCACGACGCAGCAGUAUGCGCGCCAAAUUGAGCGCGAAGUCGUCCCCGGCCCCGACGCCGAUCUCGAAGAGUACACGCGAACCGUCGGCACGACGACAGAGUAUCACAUCACCUCGACCGCCAGCAUGCUCCCGCGCGACAAGGGCGGCGUCGUCGAUCCCGAGCUCAAAGUUUAUGGUCUUAAGAAUGUUCGAGUUGUCGACGCGUCUAUCAUCCCCGUCAACGUCUCGGCGCACAUCCAAGCGACUGUGUACGGCAUCGCCGAAGCAGCGGCCGACAUCAUCAAGCGCGCGCACGGAUUGCAGGCGUCCGCAGAGCUAGCGGCGCAGCAAGUCAGCAGGCACGUCGAGACCAAGCUUGAUCUCGACGCGCACAACGUCGCGCCAACCGUCACGGCCAGCAGCUGA